AUGGCUUCACUCCGUCGAAGAAGGACCCUAGCACCCAAAUCUUCGAGUCUCGACGAAGAUGACGUCAGCUGCGAGGAAUGCGGAUCCGGCUUCUCGCCGGCGAAGUUGCUUCUGUGCGACAAAUGCGACCGCGGCUACCACCUCUUCUGUCUCAAACCCAUCCUUUCUUCUGUCCCCAAAGGCCCCUGGUUCUGCCCCCCCUGUUCCAACAACAAUAACAACCCUAAAUCUUUUCCUCUUGUUCAGACCAAAAUUAUUGAUUUCUUUCGAAUUCAACGAUCUUCCGUUAAACCCCAGAUAUCAAAUCCAGGCACGCGGAAGAAGAGAAAGCGGGGUAGUAGCUUAGUGGUGUUGAAAAAGAAAAGGAAAUUGUUUCCUUUCACCCCUAUUGAAGAUCCUAAAAGGAGAUUAGAACAGAUGGCAUCACUUGCAACAGCGCUUACUGCAACUAAAACUGAAUUCAGUAAUGAUCUUACUUACAUGCUUGGAAUGGCACCAAGGUCUGCUAAUCGUCCUGCUCUUGAACAUGGUGGAAUGCAGGUCUUAUCGAAAGAAGACACCGAGACUUUAAACUUGUGCAAAAGUAUGAUGGAAAGAGGAGAAUGUCCACCUCUCAUGGUUGUUUUUGAUCCUCUAGAAGGGUUCACUGUAGAAGCGGAUAGAUUCAUUAGAGAUUUGACUAUAAUAACAGAAUAUGUUGGAGAUGUAGACUUCUUAAAGAAUCGGGAAAAUGAUGAUGGGGAUAGCAUAAUGACACUUCUUUCAGCUUCUGAUCCUUUAAGAACGCUUGUCAUCUGUCCAGAUAAACGUAGCAACAUAGCACGUUUCAUUAAUGGCAUCAAUAAUCACACACCGGAAGGGAAAAAGAAGCAGAACUUGAAAUGCGUGAGAUUUGACGUUGAUGGUGAAUGUCGGGUUCUUUUAAUUGCUAAUAGAGAUAUAACAAAGGGGGAAAGGUUGUAUUAUGACUACAAUGGAUACGAACAUGAAUAUCCAACUGAACAUUUUGUAUAA